AUGAAUACCGCUCGAUAUAUACCGUUUAUGGAACGAGUUGAUGUACUUGUAAUGAAAACUUUGGUUUCAGAUAAUAAUUACGCUUUUCAAGAUGAUAUAUCUCGUAUUCACCGUAUACCAGCUGCUACAAAGUAUGUAAUAGAAACUAUACCUGAAUGUAUCGAUAUUGAUGAUCAAGCCGUGAAGAUUGAUGAUACAUGA